AGGUUUCUAGCAGGGGAUCAUCCAUCGAUCAGGUGACACCAGCCCCAGCCCUGCUGUCAUGUCGAAGUUAAAGAGCUCCGAGUCUGUUCGGGUGGUGGUGCGAUGCCGGCCCAUGAACGGCAAAGAGAAGACAGCUUCCUACGAAAGGGUUGUUAACGUGGAUGUCAAGCUAGGGCAGGUCUCAGUGAAGAAUCCACGGGGAACAUCUCAUGAACUGCCCAAAACUUUCACCUUUGAUGCCGUGUAUGACUGGAAUUCCAAACAGGUUGAACUCUACGAUGAGACCUUCAGACCUCUGGUGGACUCUGUUCUGCAAGGGUUUAACGGGACAAUCUUUGCCUAUGGGCAGACUGGGACGGGGAAAACAUACACGAUGGAAGGGGUGCGCGGUGAUCCUGAAAAAAGGGGCGUCAUCCCCAAUUCAUUCGAUCACAUCUUCACCCACAUCUCUAGAUCUCAGAAUCAGCAAUACCUCGUUAGAGCGUCUUACUUGGAGAUAUACCAAGAAGAAAUCAGAGACUUGUUAUCGAAGGAUCAGUCCAAGCGGCUGGAGUUAAAGGAGAGACCAGACACGGGUGUGUACGUCAAGGAUUUGUCCUCCUUUGUUACAAAAAGCGUCAAAGAGAUCGAGCACGUCAUGAACGUGGGGAACCAAAACCGCUCCGUGGGGGCCACCAACAUGAACGAGCACAGCUCUCGGUCUCACGCCAUUUUCGUGAUCACUAUCGAGUGCAGCGAGUUGGGGCUCGAUGGCGAGAAUCACAUCCGUGUGGGGAAGCUCAACCUGGUGGACCUUGCAGGCAGCGAGCGGCAAGCUAAGACCGGAGCCCAGGGGGAACGGCUAAAGGAAGCGACUAAAAUCAACCUCUCACUGUCAGCUUUGGGCAACGUGAUCUCUGCCCUCGUGGACGGCAAAAGCACGCACAUUCCGUACCGGGACUCCAAGCUGACGAGGUUGCUUCAAGACUCGUUAGGUGGCAAUGCCAAAACCGUGAUGGUGGCCAAUAUAGGCCCUGCCUCCUACAACGUAGAGGAGACUCUGACGACACUGAGGUACGCCAAUCGUGCCAAAAACAUCAAGAACAAGCCGCGGGUGAAUGAGGAUCCUAAGGAUGCUCUGCUACGGGAAUUCCAGGAAGAGAUUGCUCGACUCAAGGCGCAGUUGGAAAAACGGUCUAUUGGCAAAAGGAAGAGGAGGGAAAGGAGGAGAGAUGGUGGGGAAGAGGAGGAGGACACUGAAGAGGGUGAGGAUGAAGGCGAUGACAAAGAUGACUAUUGGAGGGAGCAGCAAGAAAAGCUGGAGAUUGAGAAGAAGGCUAUAGUUGAGGAUCACAGCUUGGUAGCAGAAGAAAAGAUGAGGCUGCUGAAAGAGAAGGAGAAGAAAAUGGAGGACCUGAGGCGAGAGAAGGAAGCAACAGAAAUGUUGAGUGCUAAAAUCAAGGCGAUGGAAAGCAAGCUUCUGGUGGGAGGGAAAAAUAUUGUGGAUCACACAAAUGAACAGCAGAAAAUCCUGGAACAGAAACGGCAGGAAAUUGCAGAACAGAAACGUCGGGAGCGAGAGAUCCAGCAGCAGAUGGAAAGUCGGGACGAGGAAACGCUGGAGCUGAAGGAGACCUACAGUUCCCUUCAGCAAGAGGUGGACAUAAAGACCAAAAAGCUCAAAAAGUUGUUUUCCAAGCUGCAGGCUGUGAAGGCAGAGAUCCAUGAUCUCCAGGAAGAGCACAUCAAGGAGCGCCAGGAGCUGGAACAGACCCAGAAUGAACUCACCAGGGAGCUGAAGCUAAAGCACCUGAUUAUUGAAAAUUUUAUUCCCUUGGAAGAAAAGAAUAAGAUCAUGAACAGAUCGUUCUUUGAUGAAGAGGAAGACCAGUGGAAACUGCAUCCCAUAACCCGUCUGGAUAACCAGCAGAUGAUGAAAAGGCCAGUAUCUGCUGUAGGAUACAAGAGGCCACUGAGCCAACACGCCAGGACGUCCAUGAUGAUUCGGCCAGAGGCUCGGUACAGGGCAGAGAACAUCGUAUUACUGGAACUUGACAUGCCCAGCCGGACGACGAGGGACUAUGAAGGUCCAGCCAUUGCUCCCAAAGUUCAGGCGGCUCUGGAAGCAGCUCUGCAGGAUGAAGAUGAGAUACAGGUGGACGCUUCCACCUUUGAGAGCACUUCAAACAAGAAAUCAAAACCCAGGCCUAAAACUGGAAGGAAGUCGGGGGGAUCCUCUUCAGCAGGCACCCAGAGUUCUCAGCUCUACCCACAGUCCCGAGGGCUGGUUCCCAAGUAAAGCCGGCAGUUUCUCUCCGGGGCGCGAACAGCCUUUGCCUUCUGAGAGCAGAGACAAGUGAAAACCCGUGGAGAGAACUCCCAGCCCGCCUCCAGCCCCUUGCCCCUGGAGGGGGCCUCUGUGCUGUUUAACUGACUUGUGCCCGUCCAGGGGCACUGAGCCACGGGAAGAUCCGUGCUUGCAGCUCAGCCUUUGGCCCCUGUGGGAAACAGAUUUUAGUUAGGAAAUCAGAAAUGCAUGAGGUACGUUAAAGUGUGUUAGAAGCGAUGGGAAGCAUGGGGAUCACCUCACAGCGUCACCGUCUCUCCUCGGCGCUAGCCCUGCACGGGGCUUUUUUGCUGUUGGGCAAUAAGAAGACGAGAGUUGAAAGUCAUCUCAACAGAACCACCGCUCCAGAGCUCCGUAGUGAGAAGCAAACGAGGCUGAAAAGUGGAGGAUCUGUUCAAACUUGACUGGGUGCAUCGUUUUUCCUCUUCCUGCUGGGAAGGCUGGCGUCAUCCUUUGGGGUGAAGAAGCUGGUCUGAGCAGGCGGGACAGCAGCGGUCAGCAGGGACCCACCACCAGGUAGCCGUGCCUCCCUUUGCAGCUGUAGGACAAAAAAGGGGUCUCGAAAGCAGCUUUGCUCUCUCAGGGAAGGAAGCAGCAGCAGCUGAAGUCCUGCCCUUGUUUACAGGCGUAAGUAAGAGCUCCUCCACACUGACCCCCUGCAGACCUCACCCCUACCAACAGGGACCACCUUGUCAAAGAGUCGAAUCCAGCCGCGUACCAGGGCCAGCCCCACAGCUUUCUUCCUCUCUCUUGCCUCCCUCUUUGCCCCUGGCGCUUGAAACCAGUGUCCACGUGGAAGUCUUUAAACUGUGGGGUGGCCUACGGCCGAUUUCUCCUGUCUCCCCCUGCUCACGGGCGGUGUAGCCCUGGCUCGGAGCUGUCCCCCCGGCAGGGUCACGGGGCUGCUCUGCCCUGUAAGCUGGGCAGAGGGUAGAGCACCGUAACGUGGAGCUCCUUGGAGUGCCCUCUCCUUGUGAGGUCCCUUCCCUCGGGCUCUGAGGAGGUUCAGCGUUCAGUGCCUCUUGUGCCUCGUCUGUUCCACGUUCGGAGCUUUCCCUUUGCACCUCCCGGCCCGUGCAGAGCCCGCUGGGAGGGAAAGCACACGUACCCGAGUCUGGGUCGUGGAAUCUGGUGUGAAUUCCAGGGGUUUGACUUUGGAGACAAGGGAGGAGGGACUCCUGCUUUCGCCGGUCUCUUUGCCGAGCUGCCCCGUGACUGAAGCAGGCUGCUGGAACCUGCAGGCUCGCGGGGCAGGGUGGGGGGAGGUGGAGCUGCUGCACUGAGGACAGAAUAAGGUGUCCCUGUCUAGUGUCUCACAGCUCGUUUGUACGGUUUAGUUCACUCUGUUGGGAUGUGGGAUGUUCCCUUUUCUGGUCGCUGUUGGCUGUCACCCUAUGAACGUUUUUACCCGUUUCUUCUCCCUCACUGAUGACUGACUUCCUCCAGACUGAGGUGUGUGAGCGUAUGAGGACCUGCCUGGUUUUGGAAAGGCUCUGAUGAGUGGACUCUGCCUUGUGUGUGCUCGUCAAGUACCCGCUGAGUGACUUCACCCAGGCGGGAGAACUCCCUCUUCUCUGACCCCCGUGAGCAGAAGCAUCCCCACACUCAGCACAGCUCACCCCUGCAUCUUGCGGGCACGGUGCCUCGGUGAGCCCGUGGUGGGCCCAGUUAAAUGCCAGCUCAGCUGCUUUGCUUCAUGGAGUGCUUUUCUGGACCACAAGAUUAAUAUAUAUAUACACAUAUAUGUAUAUAUAUAUAUAUAUAUUAGUUUGGUGGAGGAAAGAGGAGUUGGCUGAUAAUUGAGAGAGCAGGCAUCUGCCAAGUUUCUUCCAACCUGAACAUGGAAACCUGGCAUCAUCUUCCUUUUUGUGAAGCACUG